AUGACGUUGGCGAGUUUGAGGUCUUCAUGUCUCCUGGCAUAUCGAUUGACGCAUAGCUAUCUGGCCAGGGCGCCACACAUCAAGCGCGGGCUGCAUUCCUACCCAUCUUCCCCUCACCUGGCAUACUCAACUGGAGAUGAUGCAGCAGGAG